CGCCGAGACGAGUUGGUCAAGUGGACGAUGAGCAAUUCACCGCCGCCGACGGUGCUGCGGGGCUGGGAGUGGACGCAGCACGCGUUGUGGCGAGAAGACGUCAAGUGCAAUGUCCGCAUGGUGGACACCGUGUUCUUUGACCAGCAAACCAACCGGCCGUCGCGGUGGCUCUUUGCGUCCAAGCACGGCACGAUCUCGAAAAAGAAAGACGACCACUUGACGUACGACAGCAUUCGCGACCGCUUCCUUCGUCUGAGCGCGCACCCUCAAAACACGAACAAGUUUGUCGCGUACUGCCUCUAUCGGAACGGCAACCGCAAGCUGUUGAAUGCCGCCCAGUUCGACGACCUCAUCAACGCCCUCGACGCUCCUCGUGCGAGUUCGAAAGCCCCCAGCAUUCUCGGAUUUCAAGGAUACGUCGUUGGCCGAACCGACCCUCCUAUUACCCUCGUUGCUACAGUCAAGAGUGGACAGUGUGUCGUGGUUGCUGUUCACCAGCAUACUGGCGAAGGCAUCGACCACGUCGUGUCGCUGAGGCUGCGGAAAGAAGUCGAGCAGGCGACCACCGACAUCACUCAAUUUCUUCGCCAGGCAGCGCAUGUCGCAGUCGUCAAGCUCACGGCCGAGUUUGUCGAAGCCGACGAGAACGUUUUGUGGUUGGUGCAUGUUCCGAACGCUGCUGUCCAGAGUGACGACGUUGACAACGCUGGUGCAGAGCUGCAGCAAUCUCAAUCGCUGCCCAGUUUAAAAUUGGCAAGCGAUGGCGCGCCAAAGUGUCGCGGUGACUUCUGUUCCGUCCCAACGACCGCCUUGCCGGGCCUUUUCCCUCUGUCGCCGCCGUCGCCGCCUGUGCUAGACGACACGCGGGAACGAUCAAAGAUCGGCAACCAUCAUGUGCUCCUCGGGCGCUUGGGCAUGAAAUACCUCCAAGUCGGGCCACCGUCCGGCGGCGACAUUGCUGUGGAAUGGGCCGCCAUGGACUCGACCCAACGCGCCGAACUCGGUCGUUCCAACCCAGGCACCUUUUACAAACAAGUCCACGUGUGCCCAAAUUGCAAUCGAGUGUACACCCACUUACAGGCUCUGCGGGAGACUCAAUUUCGCCAUCGGAGCGUCGAUGGCAUCGACAACGACCGAGAAGAUGACCAGCAGCGCCCGCCAUCCUCCAAACGUGUGGGCAAGGCGAGGAAGGCGCGACCGGCAGGUUUCCCCGCCAAAGGGGGUCCCCCUUUGAUGGGCAACAACAACAUCAAACCGUCAGAGGACCUCAUGCGGUUCAUGGGCAUGACUGCUCAUAACCCGUUGGCCACCGCCCCGACCCUGGACUCGCUACAAGAUCAACAACACGAAGCUGCCUUUCUCGCUGAACUGGCCAAGCAUUCGACUCCGCAGGAGGGUUCGCCCAGGAACUCGCCCCCGGAGGACGAAGUUGACAACGUGCCUCUGCCAGCGAUCGCCAAGGAGCCACUGACGCGAAGCUUCACAAAGAAGUCCUCCAAAAAGGACCACCGAAGCAACCACCAGCCGGUCCUGGCUCAGUUCGAACACGAGUGGAAUCAAGUGGAUCACGCGAAUCGAUCGCUCAUGCAAGAAAAUCAAGCGCUGCGGGACAGGCUCCACCAGAUCGAAACGCAGAUGACGAGCGAGUCGAGAAGGUUGAAACAAGAGCUCACGACUGCGCUGGAGUCGAAUACUGUCCUGGAGAAGCAGUCCAAGCAACUGGGGAAACGAAUAGCGAGUAUGCAAAAGGAGUUUGCCGACGCCAUGGCCGAAAAGGAUGACAUGGUUCGUCGCCAGCUCGUGGAAGCCGACCAACGCUACAACCAGCAAUUACUCGAGCGCCUGGCCAACACAGGCAAUGGGAGUGGCGCAGCAGCCAUGGGUCCGUCGACUCGAGACAAAGGGGGCGACCAAUUAAGCUUGAUCGAAACGAUCGAGCACUUGACGGGGCAACUGGAAAAGGAGCAGCGCGACCACGAACUGGAUGCGCACAAAAUGCAAGCUCAGCAUCAAGACGACGUGGCACGAAUCUACGAUCGCCACAAGAUGGAAACGGAAGCGCUGCGAAUCUCCGUGCGUCAAGGUGUCGAUGCCAUCGACGAGCUGAAGACCCAAUUAUUUGCACUGCAGAACCAACUCCAAGUCGCCCAUAGUCAAAACAAACAGGCCAAGGCGACGCUGCAUGACGUGCAGCAUCAAAAGAUCGACCUGGAGGAGCAAGUGGUGACGCUCGAGAAAAAACUCCAGGCGUCCGUGUCGUCGGCCGAUGCCAGAGCGGCCGCCGCGACCGACCAAGCGUCCCUCGAGAAGCUCCAGCACAAAAUUGAUUACUUAAAAGCCCAGUUGGCGUCGGAAAUCCGAUGCAAGGAAGAGCUUGGGUCGAACGUCGCCACGUUGACCGUCAAUAUCGACGCACUCAAGAAGGAUCGGAAAAAGAUCCUCGUCGAGGCCGACGACAGCCAUCGCAAGAUGCUCGAGCGCGUCGAAGAGCGCCACCAGCAAGAGCUCGACAUGGUCAAUUCGCAAAACGCGUCGCUCCAAAGCAAAAUCGUGCAGUUGCAAGCAAACGUGACCGACUUGGUCGGCGAUUUGUCGGCAGCUCGAAACAAGGAGGAAAAUGCCAAGUUGACCACAGAAAAGUUAGCUCAGGAAGCCGUGCGGUUGAAUAGCCGCAUCGCCGAACUCGAACUCCAGAAUGAAGAGCUGCAAGAAAGCAUCAACGGCACCAAGAGCUCCAUGGACGACGCGGCCCGCGCCAACCUAGAAGCGACUCUUCGGCGGCUCACACACGAGCGACAAUACCUAAAAAACCAAAUGGACGGGGAAUGCCGCGUGAAAGAAGAAGCCGAAGCCAAAUGCAAAGAGCUCCAGGCACAACUGACAGAAGCGCAAAAUGCAUGGAAGCAAGAGGUCACCACGGUGAAGCUCGCGGCAAAGGACCGCGAACAGGCGCUGCAAAGUCAACUCGCCAAAGGCGAAGACACCAACCUCGUCGUCCAAGGAGAGCUCACGAGUGCCAAGCACCAGCUGAAUGAGGCCAAGUUGGCUCUGUUCAAGACUCGGGAGCAGGCGCACAACGAUCAGACGGCUCUUGAGUCUUGCCGGUCCGACUUGGCGCACAUGAAGGCAAAUCUGAUCUGUGCCAAGGAGGAGCUCGUGAAAGAGCGAGAACGGAGUCGAGUGGCCAGCGACCGCCAAACCAAGGCUAUAGCUACCAUCAAAGCAUCCCUGAUCCAACUCGAAGCAGACAAAGGGCAAGCCAUCGCAGCCAUACAAGCCGAGUUGCAGGCAACCGUGACCAAACUGGCAACGGCUCAAGCAUCCAUCGUGCAGCUAGAAGAUGCGGCUGUCCUCCAGGCUAACGCGCACCGACGUGCGCUGGCUCUACACAGUGUCGUGAACUCGACAGCUGCACGAGACACCUUGCGACUGCACAAGCGGUGGUGGAAAUGGGUGGCUCACUGGCAGGCACUCCGAGCUUUACAAACACAGGGCGUGAAGGUGGCGGAAACGCUGAAAGCAAGAGAAGCCAAAUGGCAUGAGCGACUUGAAGCCACGUGUGACGAUUUGAACAAAAAGAGUCAACUGGAGAAGGAAAUGGCUGUGGCAGAGUUGACAAACCUCCAUGCAGCAGCCCUGUACGAGGCGCGGUCGCAUUUGGAGCAGCAGCAUGCCGAUGCGAUGAGUGCCUUGGAAGCUCACCUGCGAACCCAGAGCGAUAACGCAAUUCGGGAGCUGACAGCCCAGCACAGUGAAGAAAUCGAUAGCCUCGAAGCACAACAUGCCCACACCAUUCAGUUGCUUCAGGAAGCCGCCCAAAGCAACGAAGCCCGUGCUGAAGCAGCGCUUGCUGACUUGAAACAAUCGUCCGACCAGCGCGAGCGACAGCUGCGCGCGGAAAGCUCCACCUUGCUGACGCAAAGCAUGCGCGAAAUGGAGAUGGCGCAUCAAAACGAGCUCCAACGCUUGCAUAAUGAAGCCCACGACAAGUUUCUCCUCGUUGAAAAGUUGAAAAGGGACGAGCUGACGGCCGUGGUUGCAGCGGCGGACGCAACCUGCCUAGAACAACUUAGGCAAGCUGACGAGCGACAACGAAUGGCUGCCAGCGAUCGCGACAGCUCCUGGAUCGUGCAAUGUCGCGCCAGAGUAGCAUUUGAAUGCGACAAGUUGGCUGCAGCGCAUCGCGAGGCUGUCCAAUCUCUCAAGGCGCACCAUUCCCAUGAAGUAACCGAGCUCAUUGAGCAGUGGACAAACCGACUCGAAGAAGAACGCACGGCACAUUCGAAUGCUUUGCACGAAUUACGACAAGUGCUGGAGGGAAAGGUAGCUGCAGAAGUCGAAGCUUGCCGCCGCGACAUGCUGGAGCAAAAAGGGACGGCAGUCUUGACCACAACGGCCAAGUGGCAGAGGGCACUAGCAGAUACCAACGCGCGGCUCGAGGUUGAGAAGAAGGUCGCAUACGACAAGGGGGUGGCCGAUCGAGAAGCCGAGUGGCAGCGUGCUGCGCUGCUCAUCAAAGAAGCACAAAAGGAAGAGAUGUCGCAGCUCGAGCGCGAUUCGAGGGAAGCCCUUCGCGCCUGUGAAGAGAAAUUUCAGCUGUCACUGACAACCAAGACUGCCCAGCUGCAAAAAGCGUGCAACGAUUCGAUCGCUGCGCAAGAGGCAGCAGCACAAGUUGCGUUGAAUGAAGCCGUGGCGCGAACGCGGGAGACUGUCGAGCGAGAGACGACGCGGAUUGUCGAAGACGCUUGGCGGGAAAAGAUGCUGGCUCAGAGAGUAGAGUUGGAGGACGCCUUGCUGAAGGCAUGCCACGAGGCGGAAGCACGGGCGUUGCAAUUGAGUCUCGAAAAGCACCAAGCGGCGUUCGCGCAGUGGGAACGAUCCAAGGCGGCGGACCUAGCGACGAUGCAAGCGUCACUGCAGGAGCAAUUCGCGCAGCACACGUAUGAGAGUUUGGAGCAGCAUCGUCGCGAGAAAGAGACUGCCAUGCAAGCUAUCAGUGACGAGUGGGCAGUAAAGCUAGCAACGGAAGUCGAGCGGCUGCGAACGGAGGCCAACGUACGCAUGCAAGCAGAGAUCCACGCGUGUGCCGAGGCGUCUGCCAAGCAACACGAGGGACAGAUGGCGCUUGUGCAGGAAGAGAGCGAAAAGUUGAUUGAAAAAGUCGAAUCGGCCAUGACGCAGCUCAAACGCCAAAAAGAGUCCAUUGAACAAGAGCUCAAGAGCGUCCAGCAAGCGCUGGAAGAAGCUGAAGACGCAUCAUUCGACCUGCAAGAAGAGCUCACGGCCCUCAAGAAGCUGCACGUAUUCCACCACGUCAUGCUGCUGAAUUCUGGCAUGCGCAAGAUUCAGCACUUGGAGGAUGAAAUCGACUCGAAAGACAUGGAAGCACGGGCGCACGUGGCAGAGUGGCAGCAAAAGUUUGAGGCGACGACGCGUGACAUGAACGAGCGCCUCGACAGAGCGCAGGCGGCCAACACCAAACUUGAGCUCGUCUAUGGCAAUGUGUACGACACACUGGUGAACUACAAACGGGACGAGCUCGUCGCCCACCGAAGUGCGAGCAAUGUUGUCACGAGCGAAUUGGGCGUGCUCCAAGCGCAAAUCGCCGAAGUCAUCAAGACCAAGUCCGACGGCGAGAACGAUGUUCAAUCGGCGCUGACCGAACUUGGGACGCUGGAAGAAGAGAUCGGGUCGAUUCAACUCAUGAAAGAAGGUCAUGUCAACCAAGCCCAGGUCGCGCGAAAGCGUCGGUUGCACCACGAGAUGGAAGCCAUGCUCGAGACGAUAGAAACCAAGCGAACGAGGGUACGACGAACGCCAGGCUUCACGUAACUGGACCGGCAUAUACUGCUGCUGUAGGUGCGAAGCAUUGAAGCCAAACAGCAGGAGUUGCAAGGCCUGCACAAGUUAAAGGAAGACGAGAUGAAGGGACUCGAACGGCAGCUCGUGCAAAUCCUUGUGGAGCAACAAAAACAGUUGCUCGGGCUCGUCACGGCCGUAAAGGCCACCUCCAGCAGUGGCGAUCGCGACAACAACGGUCCAGCCUAACACAAACCCAUCUCGUUUGCAACUUGUCGU